AUGUUGCAAAAUCUUCAUAGCCAACAUCAGCAGCCUUCCUUUAAUUACUUACAAGCAGCAGUAGCGUCAACUCACGCUACUAAUCAUGCGGUGGUGAAGAUAGAGGCGCCGUCAACUCACCCCACUAAUCAUGGCGUGGUGAAGCUAGAGGCGUCCGAUCGUCGUAUCGCAUCAGGAUUUACACCACUAUCAUCCAACAACGGGUCGUCUUCACAAGCUCACACUUCUUCGACGUACAGUCUGACGAGUAAACAAUACUCAUCCAUAGCGGUUCCUUCACCAAUUGUGCCUUUUACUAAUCCUUCGUCCACGACGUCUCCUGCCUCCAAGCGACCUUGUUUCUCACCUCCUGAAGAAUCUUCAUCAAGAGAAAUUCAAGUGAAGAGAGGUUCCCCUAAUAACGAGAGCAGUUCAUCAAGAUCAAAUCAGCCAUCCACGUCUGGUAAGUGA